AUUAUAUUGAAUGUUGUACUCAGAGCCAGUUUCAAAGUUUUCGGUCAUCAGCUGACUUGUGACAGGGUUUCUAAAAUUCAGGGUGUAAUAGUGGCAUGUGGUGUUUAUUAAUAAUCUUAAUAUAUACCAGUUGUUGGAGUUUAUCAAUUAGAUCAACGUACUAGAAGUCAAAAAACUUCCAACAUAGUCACGUUACUUAAUUUUUGUAUCUCAAAUUUCACCAUCUAAAUUACUUCAUCGUAAAAUAUGAUCAGCUUGGGAGCGUAUGAAUACAAUCCAGCGGAUGUUCUAGGUAAUGGGGCAUUCGCGAUCGUAUAUAAAGGGAGAGUUAAAAAUAAUCCAGAGGAACCUGUGGCAAUAAAAAUCAUGUUGAAAGAUCAAAAUGUCCUUAAGUCGAAGACGCUUCUCAGCAAGGAAAUAUGUGUUUUAAAAGACCUUAACCACGAAAAUAUCGUCCGACUAUAUGAUCACAGUAUCUCUAGCAGUGGAGUCUAUUUGGUAAUGGAGUACUGCAAUGGUGGUGAUCUUUCCGAAUACUUACAGGCCAAGCGCACUUUGCCUGAGGAUACAAUCCGUCACUUCCUAAUACAGAUUGGCUCGGCUAUGGACGCUAUGAAUAGGAAAGGUUUUAUGCACAGAGACUUGAAACCGGGUAAUAUCUUGUUGAGCCACUGUAGGGAUUGUGGUCAUCAUGUCACUUCUAUUCCUGGUUAUCUUCUCUCCUUCAAGCUAGCGGAUUUUGGCUUCGCUAGAUUUUUACAAGAUGGGAUGAUGGCAGUAACCAUGUGUGGAUCACCUAUGUAUAUGGCUCCUGAAGUACUGAUGUGUCGUAAAUAUGAUGCAGUAGCAGAUAUUUGGAGUAUGGGCAUUAUUGUUUACCAGUGUUUAACUGGUAAGGCUCCAUUUUAUGCCAAUACUCCAGAGGCUUUAAAAAACAUAUAUGAAAAAACAGCUUGUCUCAGACCAAAAAUACCUGUUACAACCAGUAAAGCGUUACAGGAUCUUCUAUUAAAAAUGCUUAUUCGUAAACCAUCGGAUAGAAUUGAUUUUCAAAAUUUCCUGAAUCAUCGAUUUCUGCAUCAACGACAUUUUGAACCUCGAGCUGGUUCUGGUCCAGAGUCGUCUGCAACACGAUCAUCUAUUGCUCCUGCCCUACCUAGUCGCAACAGACCAACAGUUCGAGGCUCUGGAAUUACUGUUCUUGGUCAAGGAACUGGUGAAGGCCCAUAUUAUCUUGCUCCACAAGAUGGUAAUCGUGGAAGAGAUAAAACACCUCAAGGAAAAUCAUCUAAUAAUCCACCUGGUUCAUCAAACGGUCCUCGUGAAUGGACUAAUCCAACACAUUGGUCAAAUAAUACAAGCAACAAACAACAACCUUUAUCUGGAGCAACUUCAUCAUCACCAUCAUCACAACACUCAACAGGUGAUUUCAAUCCAUUCUAUCCACAACAUACCGGAGCUGGUGUUAUACCUUUCAAUAAUUAUGAUGAUCCAGGCUAUGGUCUAGACGAUAUAGAUGAUGAAAUGACGAAAACUACCGUCGAUGAAUACAUUGAAGAUGAAUUAGAUGCAUCCAGUUCAUCACCAUCUAGUGACCAAAAUAACUUACCUAAACUGCCUUCAGUAAAACCACGUGAUUUUAUGCAUAUUGAUUCUAAUAAAUACCCUACAGAUAGUCAUCAAAAUAAUCUUAAUACUAACUUUUAUAGUUCUAAACAUCAACAACAGUAUAUAUCAAACAAUUAUCGACCAUCAGUACCAACAAGACAGGAUGGAUUUAAUGUAGAUGAACAAAGAUCAACUGCAUAUCGAUUUGAUCAACGUGGAGUGUAUAUGAAUGCUGAGAUGGAAUAUGGUGAACCACCGCUUGAAGAUUAUGUUAUUGUAAAUUCAGAUGGUUCAGUUCAACGUAUAGAUCGUGAACGAUUCCGUCAACAAAAUCAAUCGACUGAUCCACUUUCACAUAUGAGUAACGUCGGCCGAAUUGUUCGUAAUCCUGGAGCAUAUCUUACAAAUAAUAAUAAUCUUCAACGUAGAGGUAUGACAGAUAUUGGUCCACUCCCAGAUGUAACUAUUGGUACAAAUACAACAGAUACGCGAUAUUAUCAAUUACCAAAUGAUAAUCAUCGCAACUCUUCACCCACUCUCUUAAAUACAAACGAAAUUCCACAUGGUGUAAAUAAUAAAUUAGCUGAUCAGUACUUAAAUCAGCUGCCAGUCAAUUCUCGAAAUUCUCCAACUAGUCACAAGCAUAAUACUCAACCUAUAUCAGAACCAAACAAGAGAUCAACUGAUUAUACAAAAGAUAGAUCUCAUGGCACUCAAAUUAAUGAAGGGAACUUGUCAUCUCUUCCUCAUCACAAUACUGAACCGAAAAUAUCCUAUAUGGAACCUGUGAUGAGUAAUUUAAAUUUGAGUAAAACUGGAACUACCUUACAACAAAUUACUUAUCAAACUAACAAUAGACAAUUUAUUCAUCCUUCUGGUUUACAAACUAUCGCUGUUCAAGGUGUAGAUGGUGUUUAUCCUGUUAUCGCUACAGGUAGAAAUUUUGAGAAUGAUUUAACAUCCGGUGGUUUGUGGGAAGCUGCAGAAUUUUCAGAUGAAAUUUUAAUGGAGUCCGAACAUAAUGAAGAAAUUAAGAAAAUUACAAUGGUCCUAGAAUUGUGUGAAUUAUUAGCAGAAUUAGCUGAACGUCGAGCAUCUGCACUAGCUGAUUGUACUCCAACACGUGUUGUAAAUACAGAUAAUGAUAGUAAAACAACCACUACAGAUCCUUCUGUUGCUAAUGAUGGUGUAUCACUAGUUAAGCAGGAUAAUCAACAGACUAAAUGUUCGUCGAAUACUAAUAGUCUUGAUAAUAAUCAUUGUGUUGGCAGUUAUAGUGACAAUGACAAUAAUGAUGAACAGGAUUCAAGCAAAAAUUGUCAACAAGCAUCAUCCACUGCAUUGAAAUUCGUGUCUGAAGCUCAAAGAAUUGUUGAACAAAUUGUACUUUAUCGACGUGUUCUCUAUUACUUGGAAUAUGUUUUUGAUCAAGUUAAAAAAGCGUUUCAAAACGGUCGUCUAAAAUCUACACCCACUGCAAGAAGACGUUUAGUCGAUUGUAAUACAUUAUACCAUCGUUGUUAUAUCCGACUUAGACAAUUAGCAAGGCAAUCACGUCGUGAAGAUUUAAUCGAACCAGUUGGUAGACUUUUAGCUAAUAUUACAGCUAAUCGUUUAAUAUUUCAAUAUGCAUUGGAUCAAUGUUAUGCUGCUGAAAUGGACGAGUAUAUUGGUGAAAUCGCAUUAUCUCUUCAACGAUAUAAGGCUGGUAUUACUUUAAUUCAUGGCCUAUGUCAACAUGCUAAAUCACAAAGAGAUAAAACAUUAUUAUCGGAUUGUAUGCGGUUAUUAAGAGAACGCUAUGCUUGUUUAUGGUCGACUGCUACCAAACCGAAUCUACAAACAAUGCAUUAUCAACCUGAUACAACAAUGCCAACCACCACCACAACAACAACAAUAACUCAAUGUUCUAAUGACAAUCCUACAAAUAUUCUUUUACCAUCCGACAGUUUACCCAAUCCUAGUUUAAAUGAUCCAUCAUCAGAAGUCAAUAAUAAAUUUACUGUAACGGUUGGUGCAUUACCCAUAACUAAUUGUGUACCGAUCACAUCACCUUUACGUUGAUGUUAUAUGUAUACCAUACAUGCAUCUGUAAUUCGUUGUUAAUAUGCUUUUUCUUUUGAAGUUCACUACUACUAGCAUUACUAGUAUGUUUACCGUCAUUCAGUAAGUUAUCUCUAUUUGAACAUUAUAAUUUUAUCAAUAUCAUUAUAUUGACAAUCAGGUAGAGAAGAUGGGGUUACCUCUCUUUUUGAAGGUAAUAAAAAACGUAAAGUAAAUCAACUGUUUCUCCUUUAUCAUCAUAACCAUUUAACUAUUAUUGCCAUGUACAAAUCCAUAUAAUUUUGUCCAAACUAAACUCAAAAAACCAUCCACUUGAGUAAUAAACCAUUUACAUAUGUCACAUUUGUUUUUUGUAUUAUUACUAUUUCUCUAUUUAUUCAAUAUUAUUGAAUGUUUUAUAUUCUUGAAUAUUUUGUGUGUUUUUUUUUGUUUUAAUGAUUUCAUUUAUCUUUAUGGUGUUAGUUAUGAAAAUAACAACAAUAACAACAAAAUUACAAUGUUUAAUUGUAUUUAGGCAUUAAGUAACAUAAUAAUUAUGUUAUUUAGCUUAAUUUUGUUUAUUUAUAUAUUUUCUCUCUCUUUGUGUAUGUGUGAAUGUUUAUUGUCUGUUCUGUUUUUUUUGUUUUGUUUUGUUUGUUUAUUCAUGUUGUUUAUACUCUUGAAUUGUUUCCUCGAAUAUUUUCCAAAUGUAACUGCAUAUUCUAUUUGAUGAUGAUCUGUAGAAAAUGCGAAGAUAACUAUAAGAUUUUAUUUGACUUUUGUAAUUUCUGAUGAUUAUAAAAUGAAUGUUUAUUACGGUGAAUAACCAUACAAAUUAUAAUGUUACUAUUAAUAAUGACAAAGGUGAUGUUAUGGAGAGGUGGAUGAAGCUACAAUUGAUCUUUUCCCAUCAAUCAAUAGUAAUAAUAGUUGUAUUAUAAUUAACAACAUUAACCCAGUAAUCUUCAGAUAAUUUCCAUUUAUAUAUAUAUACGCUGGAAACAUACAUACAUAUGUGCAUUCAUGUUUAUUUAUUUUCUUUAAACCUUUAAAACAAACGAAUCACUAUUGUUUUGUGUGUUUAUUUGUUUGAAUACUCUUUUUUUCGGAGAAAGAAGGAGAAAAAAGAACUAUUCUACUCAAUUACAGAUUAGCAGUAAGAAACUGAAAAUAUCGACUUUUUAGUUAAUGUUAUAUACAUAUAUAGAGGCUAGAAUAAGUAAAGCUCGGUUUUUCAUAUUUUAUUUUCUCUGUGAUUGUUUGGUUUGAGACAAUUGACAUGCAUAGCAGUGUUAUGAAUCAAAAGUAAACCACAUCGAUGUAUGAGCUGCCAAAUUUUAUAAUCGACCUUGGAUUAUUGAUUCUUGUAAAGCCGUUUCUUUAAAUCCUUUAAGGUUACAUAGUUGUAGUUAGCUAAGUAUUUGCCCAGUCUUCAAUCUCCAUAUAAAUAUUCUGCUGAAAUAAAUCAUUUGAUCCAGGUGUUAUAAAACAAAUAUCCACAACUACAGCAAAAAUCGCUAUGCUCCUUGCAAGGAAGUUUUUCACGACCUUCGAACAAUCUGCGAAGUAAAUAAUCGACUAAUAAUGGGGACCAAAUCGAUUAGCACUCUCUCCGUUUUGGUGCUUGCUACGAUAUCAACACCAGACAAACAGUACGAAGAUACCAUAGGGUCCCUGGACAGACGCGUAUGAAACUGGCCUUUUGAUUCUCCAGAAGGAGAGCUGAUUCAUUUUACUUCUCCAGAAUCUUGAAUAAGGGUCUUAGGUACACAACUGAUGUUGAUAUUAAGACUUUCCAGACAUAACAAAACCCAUUUGAUCUGCAUCAGUGUAUAAAUAAUGGAUAAGACCUGUUUGAAUGGCUUUUGUGGUUUCACGAAAGCUGAUUUAAAUUCCGAACUCGGUAGUAGCAUUCAAACUUUUGAUUGGUCAGUGAUUUGAGAUCGUUUAAAGUAGACAGAACAUUAACCAUAGACGAAUAUUGAUAUCCAUACCUGGUAAAUAUGAUGGUUACUAAUAAGAUUUUAUUAGGUAAUCCUUUACCAUAAUGAUGAGAUACAAACUGUAUAUGAAAAAACUUUCAAUGAAACAAUAGUAGCAAAGUUUCGUAACGUAAAUCCAUCUUAUACUCAAUUUAAUUUCAAGAAUAUAAUAGUGAAAAUCAUUGUGUAAAUAAACGUGAAUCUUCAUAGAUCAAAAAAGAAAAUAAUUUGUCAGUUAUUUAAUUGACGUGAUUAGAACAGAGAGUAUUUUCUACAUGAUCAAGCAACCAGUCAAUAUGUGAAAAGACUGCAUCUUGAAGCAUCCUUUAGAGCAAUAAAAAUUGUUUGAGUAGUCCAGAGACAAUGAAAAACAAAGCCGAACAACACCACGAUGGAAUAGUUAUGAAUAUCAGUUGCUAGUUUUUUAAAAGAUCUCAAAUGAAUGAUUAUUGGUGACUUAAUUCAUUAUGGUUUUUAUCAUU